AUGGCGUCAAAUUUUGGCGACCAAGAUCCCCCAACGCUACUAAGCAAAGAGGGUAAACCAAUUGACAAAAUAUGGAUCGCUGAAGAUCAUCGUGGAAUUCGGUCUGUCAUAUUCUGUGGUGCGGAUUCACCGCUGGUAGGGCCUACACCAAUCACGAAGUCAUGGUGGAGAGUUCUGAAUACCUCCAAUGAUACCAAAGAGAUUUCAAUAAAGUCUGACGGUACCAAGUUGAGAGACAUCGUCAUCUCGGACGAGGCUGUGCCGAAUGCUAGCGGUAACAAUGUCAGUUGGGCAGAUCCUUCGCACCCAGACAACAUCAUUGAUAUCAUGACGCUUGGGCCAAUUGAUGUCUUCCCCGAGGGACUCAAGAUGAUUUCCUUCGACUGCAAUGCAAGUUGUACAACAGGAUACACGGCAGUGACAGGUGGAACAUCUGUUGCAAUGAUCCAUGCUCACGGGCACGGUGAUACUAGCUUCUAUGCAGACAUGGAUGCUGCUUUCCCCCGCGACUUCUUUAUCCAUAUGCCUCUAGAUGAUGGGGAAUAUGUAACUGAAAUAUGCCGAAGGCAUGGACUGGGCGCAGGGAACCGGCCCUCGGCUUGUUUCGUGGUAAGAUGA